GCAGGGGGCGGCCUCGUCCGCGGCGGCGGCUCCGGGUCCCCGGCUCCGCGCCUCUCAGGGGACGCGGCGACCUCAGGCGGCGGGCCGCGUUGGCCGGGCAUGGCGGCGUGGAGCCCGGCCACGGCAGCGCCGCUGCUCCGUGGGAUCCGCGGGCUUCCUCUUCUCCACUGUGUCCAACGAACGUUUGCCUCGCAAACUGAGGGGGAGCUCAGAGUGACCCAAGUUCUCAAAGAAAGGUUUCCUGGAGCUACAGCUAUCCAAGUCACUGACAUUUCAGGCACUGAAAGAAGAAAUCAAAGGGAUGCACGGAUUGCGGAUAUUUACCUCCGUCCCCAAACACUGACCACGUCCUGGCCUCGUAGAUGCUGCUGCUUGACGCCUUGGAUGAACUUGGCUGACACCAUCCUUUCCUAGGCCUUUGCCAAACAAGUUAUCUAUUUUGUUCAUAGACAUUUCCAUAUUAUAAUCAUAGAAGAAUAUGUUCUCUAUUUAGAGUUUAAUUAAAGGCAACAGACAACCGAAACCUUCGAAGAGUCAUUGGUGAUGCGUCUGGUUCCUCUGUUUCGGAGGCAGUGUCCUCUGUCCAAAGGUGUCCCGUCCUUUUCAGUUGUGUCCUGUUGCUACACACAUGGAGGGGAGUACCAGCUCGUUCUGUCAUGUCAAGAGACUUUCUUGUUUCUUCUUCUCUAGGAAACUGCUAUUAAGGCCCCUUAAUCUUACCCAAAAGAAAAGAGAAAAAGAGAAGAGAAAAAAAUAUGUCCUUUGGUUUUGCUGUUUCCUUGGUCGAAUGCCUGGCUUUCCCUCCCCCUCUAAACUUUUUACAAGAGUGAUCUUAGACCUUCACUUUCUGACUCCCUGGAGUGCACCCUGAGGAGUCUGGGAUGGCAGGGUCAAGGUCGUCUUCGUGCUUGAAGAUGCCCCGCCCUCCGCAUCUUGGAGGGAGGUGCAGCCCAUCUCCCGCACUGGAAGCGGGAAAGGUCUGCUUUCCUAGCUCGCUUGCAUAUGGGCACGGGUCGGUCUAGACUUAGCCCAUCAGACGGAUGUGGACUUUGAAUGCGGAGCAAGUGACCCGAGAAGGAGGGGUGGUGGUGCACCCGUCCCAGCCGCGGAGGCAGCGGAUCCGGCCUUCCGGUUGCUGGUAGUGUUGGAGUCAGUGUCACAAGCCGUGGGCUCUGUGGAGUCCGUGGUGGCGGUGGCGGUCUAGGUCUGCAGCACGAUCUGGGCUCUGGUAACACAGCCUUCCUGUUCCUGCCCACUUUCGGAAGCUGGUUCGCCAAUCUUCCCAGAAAUUUUGUGAUUGUUCCAUGUCCUUUCACUAAAUUCUUUAUU